UCUCUCCUGGUGCCUUCUUUCCUGAACAUUUGUCCGAGCCUCCUUUGUUAGCAGGCCUCCGAUCAGGUCAAUUUGUCCAGGGUGUUCUGCGUGUGUCAAGAUAUAGAGCAAAUCAGGAGGCAAGUGUUUGCCUUACUGAUGCCAGUACUGUCAAGCAUGUACCGGGAUUGGGAGAACUAAUUGGCACCAGAACGGAAAUUUGUAUUCAUGGUUUACAAGCUCGUAACCGUGCCAUUGAUGGUGAUAUUGUAGUUGUUGCCUUGCUUCCAAAAAAUCAAUGGUCUUCAACUUCAGGCGAUAUCAGCGAACUUGAAAGCAGUAAGCUCAGAAUAUAA